AUUUGAAGGUGGAUUGAAUAAAUAUUGAUUUCAGUUUUGCAUUGAUUAAAAACAGAUUUCGUGUUAUAACUCAAGUUAUGGAUAUCACACCGUUAUUCAAAGCUUGUAUAAAAACAGUUAAGACUCGAAAUAAAGCUUUCGGCAUCCAUAGCCCGACAAACGAUGAUAAACAACGUAUACUUCGAAGUAAACCGAAGACAGGUUUUAUGGCCACGGCGAGAGAUAUAACGUCACAAAUAACUAAACUACGGGACUUUCUUCUCGAGCACAGAGAAAGGUAUUUAAGUUUCUAUAACGAUGUGACCGGGGACGAAAUGUCUGAAGCGGAGAGAGAUCAAAUAGACACGGGAGCUCAACGAAUAAUUAAUACCUGUUGCCACUUACUGAAGGAGUUCAGGAACGAUAACCGCAAGGUUCCAUUAUCGCUACAGACUCGCGACUUCAUGGAUGCUGUUAUAGAUCUCAUAGAUUCGUACUUAAAAUCUGUAUGCAAAAUACAUAGCGAAUUAAAAGCGCUUAGGGUUAAACGGGCAUUAGAUAUUCGUAAGUUGUCCCGUUUAGAACUACCACAGACUAAAUCCAAUAUACCAAACCCUUUUAUACAAGAAAAUGCACCAAAAGAGGAGAAUGUGGGUACAGAAGAAGUAGAUAAUACUAAAAGUAAAUUAGACUUGUCGGAGAAUGAAGUGGCAGUGUUAUCAGACGAAGGAGAGCUGAGCGCAGAGGAGUUGCAAAUGUUUGAAUCAGAAAAUGUUCAAUUGCUGAAUGAGCUUAACAGUAUGACGGAUGAAGUGAGGCAGAUAGAGAGUAAAGUACUCCACAUAGCAGAGUUACAAGAGAUAUUCACGGAGAAGAUUCUGCAACAAGAGCAAGAUAUAGACAGGAUAGCCAACACUGUUGUGGGCACAACAGAGACUAUGAAGGAUGCUAACGAGCAAAUAAAACAAGCAAUACAGAGGAAUGCGGGUCUCAGAGUCUAUGUACUGUUCUUCUUGCUUGUUAUGUCAUUUACUUUACUGUUUUUAGAUUGGUAUAAUGAAUAAAUAUUUAAGACUAGCAGACCUGGUCAAGCUUUGCUUUGA